CCUGUAUAGCACUUCAAGACGGGCAUCAAACAAACUAAUCACCAUUAGCGGAUUUAUUUAAUAUAAGUUAUAUAUACCUAGAAUAUAUAUAUAAAACUUCGAACGUUUUAUUCGCGCACUUUCACCAACUUUUCGCACUGUUUUAACGCAACCACUUUAAUGGCCCGUUGGUUACGGUUACCCCCUUUUAUACGGCGAUCAAACCAAAUCAGCCCUUCAUGCCACUCAUACUAGCUCAACGGGUUUCACUUCGUGAGGACACCUAUUCACACGCACACCCUCACACUGCGCUACAUGAUGUCAUAUGCCCACCACAAAGUCCACUACCUGAAUUCCACUGCUUCCGCUACAAUGUUGCCAAUGCCUCAGCAACAUCAUGGCCGCCGUAUAUACAUGAAUGCAUGUAUCUGCCACACUUCCUCUUAGGCAACCGCUGCCGCUACAGGCUCGGACCCGCCGAUGGUGCCUGCAACAUGGAGCGUGUGCGUAAAGAAAUUAAUAAGGCAGCCUGUUGCUUGUAUUUGUUGCGUCCAACGUGUGGCCUCGACCCAUGACUCCUAGCCGGGCCUUUAUAUAUCAGUUGUUUUUCCUUGG